UAUGCAACUGAGAGGGGGCUUUGGAAAAAAGCAGACCGGGGAGCCGGCUUCAGGAUGCAACCGAUCCGGUCGCUUUGAGCCAGGGAGUUACGGAUGCUGUUGAAGGAUGCUCCAGGCCGCCAGGGUCAGUUGGUACUCUCUGGCGAUCUUGGCUUGUCUGAGCUCGGUGAGCGGGGCCGAGUCGGUGUGUUGGCAAGCGGUGCUCCGUUGUCAGGAGGAGAAAGAGUGUAAGUGGGCGUACAGUCAGUACAGCGCGGCUUGCGAGCCCUUCCUCAAGGGCUUGAGGCGCCAGUGUCCCAGCCACUGUAUCGGCGCCCUGGUCAAACUCAACCAGACCCAGAACGGCCCCGACCUGGAGAACUGCGACUGCGGUCAGGAUGUGCAGUGCAGACGGGCCAAACGGGCCAUCGAGCCGUGCAUGCCCAGGCGGUACCGGGGCCAGUCGCCGGACGCGGCCGACCUCGGGUGCACGGCGGCCCGUCAGCGCUGCGAGAAGGAGCCGGUGUGUCACGGUGCCAUGAAGGAGUACCUGUCCAACUGCGGGCAGCUCUUCAACGGCAAGCGCUGCACCGCCGUCUGCAAGAGCACCAUCCAGCACUUGCUGUCCAUUCCCAGUGGGAUCUUGCUGAACACAUGCGUCUGCGACGGGGUGGAGAGACCCUUCUGCGAGGUGGUGAAGGAGAACAUGGAGAAGUUCUGCUCCAUCGAAGGCCCCUCGCUGUUUACGGCCACUCCGGACUCGGAAGAGAACUAUGAAUACGACGAUUAUGAAAUGAACAAAACGGAUUUAAGGCCAGAAACUACAGACGGAGAGGACUCGCCACUGAAUGACUCCUCAGGACUGGAGACACACACGUGGUGUGCUCUCCUCCUCCUCCUGAACUUGUGGUUUCCCUAAUACUUUGUGCAAACAGUUAUUUGCAGGUUUGUGUUUUUUUUUGCCAGUUUUUAAUUAUUUGUAAACUCCGCGUGUAUCAGGCACCGUGCGCCUCUAGUGUUUACAAAACACUUGAAUGAAGUUAGGCACAUCAUGUGCGGAUCAAAUUAACUUGGGUUAUACACGAUUCGGAGAUGCCGGUGUUGGACUGGGGUGUACAAAGUUAAAAAUCACACGACGCCAGGUUAUAGCCCAACAGGUUUGAUUGGAAGUUAGUGCUUCCAAUUAAACCUGUUGAACUACAACCUGGUGUUGUGUGAUUUUUUAACUGGGUUAUACACGCUCUUCCUCAUCGCCUCCACCUCCGCAAAUCGAGUUUUACAAAGAUUUAAUUAUUUUGAAAAAAUUUCACACAUAUAAAGCGGGGUAUUUUAAAGUUACUCGUCGAAACUUCCUUGGGACUUGACUCGAUUUAAAAAUUAAUAAAACAGAAGAAAAGGCGUGUACAAAUGUUUCUUUUCGAUAGUUCAGUUGAACUUUAACACAAUAAAUGGCGAAUACUUGCGCCGCUCGAUAUUUCGAUUAGCAACUUUUCGAAAACUUUUGUAUAAACGAUGGAGAUUUUUGGACACUAUUUAUGGAUUUACAACUAAUACAUUUAAAAAAAUAAAUUCAGAUUACAGUUUUGUAUCUGCUUUGUCUAGUCCUGUUUUUGCCUGAUCUUCUCGGCUUCAGAAAAAAACCCUCCAUCUCCCCCUCCAUUGACCUGUUGUUCGUCCGCACGUCUGACAUUCUUGGCUCCCUCAGUCGGGUCACCAGUUUCCCCCCUCUCCUGCCAGCGAUUCCAUUCCAUCCCCCCAAGCCAUUGCAUCACUCUGUUCCCAAACUGGGUGACCUCUUCAAUCUUUCCAGCCCACAUAAAUUUUCCCCAUCACCAGGAUCGCGCAUCCAGGCCUGCUUCGCCUCCCUCCCUACCUCGGCUCUUCUGAACCCCCUUCUGCUCGCCUGUUACCACCUCCAGCGUUUGACAGAAUUCUCAGCCUCCACAAAGCUGGGAGAGACAGUGGUGGACGUCACCAUUGUCCAGAGGACCAUGGGGCUCAUUAGAGAGGGAUGACCGGUGGUAGUUUAACCGGAGGGUCGCCAUGCCUUAGGGGGAGAGAAAGACAAGGAGAGAGACCCUUGUGGUAACCUCAGGCGGCGAUGGGAUUUGAACCCACGUUGUUGGUAUUACUCUGCACUGCAGACCAGCUAGUGCUGUUGUCACUAGUCUAGCCAUGUGGAAUCGCAAGCCAAUUCUCUACUGAUACAGUUUUGCAUCCUACCAUGCGAGAUGAUGAGCUUUAAAUUAAUUUUUGAAAAUGAGACAUCUGGAAUAUAGGUGGAGAACCAUUUUUAUGACAAUGUCCUUUUUUUACGACCAUGCCACCCUUACCGUCUCUGCCCUCCAUGUGACUCCAAACCCAAAGCAAAGUGGUUAACUCUUCACAGAAUCUUAGAAGUGAAGAAAGAGGCCAUUCAGCCCAUCAUGUCUGCAUCAGAUAACUCUUA